GACUUGCAGCCCUGGGAUGAACUUGGCCGCCAGAGCGGGGUGAAGAACCAGCCGGUGGAUCGGGCUGGGCGCAGGCGAGAACCGUGCGGGUCCCCACCGGGUUGAAAAGAGAAGAGGAGAGGACAGAAGAGAAGAGAAGAGGAUUUGUGAGUCUCAUUUGUGAGUCUCUGGGCACUUGGUGAUUAUGAAGCUUUUUCUGAGAUGGACCAAGCCCUUGCUCACAGAUUCAUGGUCACUUGUACUUAUUCUGUUUUCGGUGCAACACACGUGCGGGACUGGCAAGAAAUAUGUCGGUCCUUGUGGAGGAAGAGAUUGCUCAGUUUGCCUGUGUUUUCCUGAGAAGGGAUCUCGGGGCCAACCAGGACCACUGGGACCUCAGGGUCCCAUAGGGCCCCUGGGACCCCCAGGACCCCCUGGGAUUCCAGGAGAGAAGGGUCUAAGGGGUGACGCCGGCCCUCCUGGAGCCGUGGGGGAGAAAGGAGACAAGGGUCCAACUGGCAUUCCUGGGUUUCCAGGUUUGGGCGGAAUACCUGGUCACCCAGGGCCUCCUGGAUCGAGAGGAAAACCUGGCUUGAAUGGCUACAAUGGAUCAAGAGGUGAUCCUGGAUUUCCAGGAGAAAGGGGAGUACCAGGCCUCGGAGGCCCCCCUGGCCUUCCUGGAGAACGUGGUGAAAAAGGAAAUUCAGUGUUCAUUGCUGGUGCCAUUAAAGGUACUCAGGGAGACCCCGGGGACCCAGGACCUCCUGGCUUACCAGGAUCUAGGGGUCCGCCAGGACCAGUGGGCCCCAGGGGCUACCCCGGUGCAGCGGGGCUCACGGGACCUCCGGGUCAUCCUGGGAGCCCAGGGUUGAAGGGCAAUCCUGGUGUGGGAGUGAAAGGGCAAAUGGGAGACCCGGGUGAAGUUGGCCAGCAAGGUUCUCCUGGACCCACCCUAUUGAUAGAACCACCCGAUGCUUCUCUCUAUAAAGGAGAAAAGGGUAUAAAAGGACUUCCUGGAAUGAUUGGAUUACCAGGACCACCAGGACCCAAGGGAGAAUCUGGUAUUGGGAUAAAAGGAGAGAAAGGUCUUCCUGGAUUCCCAGGACCUCGGGGUGUUCCUGGCUCCCAUGGGUCACCUGGUUUUCCAGGAUUAAAGGGAGAACAAGGACAGAUUGGAGAGCCCGGGCUAUUUGGAUUACGUGGCCCAAAGGGGGACCUUGGAGAACGUGGACAUCCGGGACCACCAGGCAUUUUGGUAACCCCGCCCGUCCCUCUUAAAGGUCCUACAGGGGACCCAGGAUGCCCAGGCCGCCAGGGAGAAAUGGGAGCCAUAGGACCACCAGGUCCCCCAGGCCCCCCCGGCCUACCAGGGGUGGCUUGUCCAGGCAUCACGGGGCCUCCCGGGCCACCAGGGUUUCCUGGUCCACCAGGCCUUCCCGGGGAAGCUGGGGUUCCUGGAAAACCGGAUUUGGCUCCUGGAAAACCAGGGCAUCCCGGGCCGCCAGGCCUUCCAGGAGCACCAGGGCAGCCGGGACCUCCAGGAUCGGAUGUGAUACAGUGCAGUGUUAGCUACCCUGGACCACCAGGAAUAAAGGGUAUAAUGGGCCCACCAGGAAGAAGAGGCUCCAAAGGAGAGAAAGGAAACCAAGGACUCUGUGCCUGCAAACCUGGCCCCAUGGGUCCCCGUGGCCCCCCAGGGCCUCACGGGAGGCAAGGGAGUAAAGGAGACUUAGGGCUCCCUGGCUGGCUUGGAGAAAAAGGUGAUCCAGGCCUACCUGGUGCUGAAGGCUCUCCAGGGCCCCCUGGUAAACCUGGUGCCCUGGGACCCCCUGGCUUCAAAGGAACAAAGGGUGACAUGGUUGUAGCAAGAGUUAAAGGGAUCAAAGGAGAAAGAGGACCUGAUGGGCCCCUAGGAUUUCCAGGCCAGCGAGGACAACAUGGUCAAGAUGGACGCGAUGGAGAAACAGGGGAGCCAGGACCCCCAGGCAGUCACGAAGAUGCAAUCCCAGGUGCUAAAGGGUUUCCUGGACCACCAGGCCCUCCAGGGAAACCAGGCCCCAUGGGGCCUCCAGGGCUGGGAUACCCUGGUCCACCAGGAGAGAGAGGGAAACUGGGACUGCCAGGCCGCCCUGGUGUGAGGGGCCCUGAUGGCUCCAAGGGGCAGAAAGGUGAUACCAUUCUUUGUAAUGUGACCUACCUUGGGAAGCCUGGCCCUCCAGGUUUUGAUGGACCUCCAGGUCUGAAGGGAUUUCCUGGCCCCCCAGGUGCUCCUGGGCAGAGGUGUUUGGAUGGACAGAAAGGCCAGCGGGGCAAGCCAGGAGCAUCAAAAAUACCAGGCCCACCUGGCUUACGUGGUAACAUGGGAGACCCAGGGUUUGAAGGGGAGAAGGGGUCCUCUCCCCCUGGACCCCCAGGUCCUCCCGGCAGACGUGGAGUAGAUGGUCAGAAAGGAAUCCCAGGAGAGUCUGCAUUUGGUCACCCAGGACCACCUGGAAAUAGGGGUCUCCCAGGAGUGCCAGGGAUGAAGGGAGCCAGAGGUCACCCAGGAUGCCCAGGGGCUGAAGGAGCAGCUGGCGUUCCCGGCUCCCCAGGUCUCAAAGGCCCCAAAGGCAGAGAGGGAAGCCCUGGCUUCCCAGGUAUUCCAGGCCCACCUGGCCAGUCCUGUAGAAAAGGCAGUGCGGGCAUCCCAGGCCAGCCAGGGCUUCCUGGGGCUCCUGGUAGUCCAGGUGCCCCAGGUUGGAAAGGCCAGAGAGGCGAAGCAGGGCCUUCUGGACCCACUGGAAUGAAGGGCUUCCCUGGACCCCCGGGUCUGCCUGGAGCCGAUGGGUUCCUAGGACCUCCAGGAAUCCCAGGCCCCCUUGGGGAAGAUGGGUUACCUGGUCUUCCAGGCCCAAAGGGGCCCCGGGGCCUGCCUGGUUUCCCUGGAUUUCCUGGGGAAAGAGGACUUCCAGGCCAAGAGGGUCUGCCUGGCAGAAAGGGAGAAAUUGGACAGAAGGGCUGGCCUGGUUUUGGAGGAGACCAAGGAGUAAGAGGUGCCAAAGGAACAAGAGGACCUCCUGGAGCUGCAGGAGAAAUGGCCAUCUUUUUAAAAAAGGGGAAGGCUGGGGAACCAGGACCUCCUGGAGAGAAUGGGUUCCCAGGAGCGAGAGGUGAUAAAGGAAGUGCCGGGCUGCCAGGGAGAAGAGGAGAGCCGGGACAACACGGACCACCUGGCCUUCACAGAGGGGAGCCUGGGAAGAAUGGAGAGCCUGGACUCCCUGGACCCCCCGGCCCUCCGGGCUUACCUGGGCUCAGAGGGGUCAUUGGUUUCCCAGGAUUACCCGGGGACCAGGGUGAACCAGGUUUCCCAGGCCCACGUGGAUUCUCAGGAAAUGAUGGAGGAAGAGGACCCAAAGGAAUCAAAGGUGACCCUGCCAGUCUGUAUGGUCUACCAGGGCCAAAGGGCAAGCCUGGCAGCCUUGGAUGUCCAGGACAUGUUGGAGCCCCAGGAGAGCGAGGACUGCCUGGAGAUCAAGGGCCGAGAGGACCCCCUGGAAGACCAGGACCACCUGGCUCCAUGGGACCCCCAGGGUGUCCAGGUGAACAGGGGCUGCCUGGGCUGGAGGGCCAACCAGGAGACAUGGGAGACCUUGGGCCUAGAGGUCUCCCAGGGAACCCCGGCAUUCCAGGUCCUCCAGGAGUGAAAGGUCCUGCUGGGUCUCCUGGCCUGAAUGGCUUACAUGGUUUGAAGGGUGAAAAAGGAAGCAAAGGUGCUUCAGGUUUGUAUGAAAUGGGUCCACCAGGCCCAAUGGGACUACCUGGGAGAAAAGGGGAGAGAGGAGACCCCGGGAGCCCCGGAAUUUCUCCUCUAGGUCCUAUUGGAGAAAAAGGUUUCCCGGGCCCCCCAGGGCCACCCGGGCCACCUGGUCCUGCAGGUGCUCCAGGAAGAGCUCCGGAGGGUGACAUUCCUGAACAAGGCCCAUCUGGAGAUCAGGGACCUCCUGGCCCUGAUGGUCCCAGAGGAGAACCUGGGCCUCCAGGCCCCCCUGGAAGUGUGGAUCUUCUGAAAGGCGAUCCUGGUGACUAUGGCUUACCAGGUGCCCCAGGAUCCCCAGGCCCACCAGGUCCUCCCGGAUGUCAGGGUAUUCCAGGAUGCGAUGGAAAAGACGGCCAGAAAGGACCAAUGGGAUUUCCAGGGCCUCCUGGCCCUCCUGGCUUUCCUGGCCCACCUGGAAAGAAAGGUUUACCUGGACCUCCAGGUAGAAAAGGGCCCCUGGGCCCUCCAGGCUCCAGAGGUGAGCCUGGACCACCUGCAGAUGCAGAUGCCUGUCCCCGAAUCCCAGGGCUCCCUGGGGUACCAGGCCCCAGAGGACCAGAAGGGGCUGUGGGACUCCCUGGACAGAGAGGCCCUCCAGGACCAGGAUGCAAAGGAAAGCCUGGGCUGGAUGGGAGGAGGGGCCAGGAUGGUGUUCCUGGGCCUCCCGGACCUCCUGGACACAAAGGUGACACCGGAGAGACUGGCUGUGCUGGAAAACCAGGCCCUCCUGGUCUGACUGGUGAUCCUGGGCCCAAAGGGACUGGCCUUGGCUACCUCAGUGGCUUCCUCCUGGUUCUCCACAGUCAGACGGACCAGGAACCUGCCUGCCCUGUGGGUAUGCCCCGGCUCUGGACUGGAUAUAGUCUGUUAUACAUGGAAGGACAGGAGAAAGCCCACAAUCAAGACCUCGGUCUGGCAGGGUCAUGCCUUCCCAUGUUUAGCACGCUGCCCUUUGCCUACUGUAACAUCCACCAAGUGUGCCACUAUGCGAGGCGAAAUGACAGGUCAUACUGGCUGGCCAGCGCCGCGCCCCUCCCCAUGAUGCCAGUCUCCGAGGAAGAGAUUCGCCCUUACAUCAGCCGCUGUGCGGUGUGCGAGGCCCCGGCCCAGGCCGUCGCAGUGCACAGCCAGGAUCAGUCCAUCCCGCCGUGCCCUCGGGCCUGGAGGAGCCUCUGGAUUGGGUACUCAUUUCUGAUGCACACGGGUGCUGGGGACCAAGGAGGCGGCCAGGCCCUCACGUCACCUGGCAGCUGCCUGGAGGAUUUCAGAGCCGCGCCAUUCCUUGAAUGCCAAGGCCGCCAAGGGACUUGCCACUUCUUUGCAAAUGAGUAUAGUUUCUGGCUGACAACAGUGAACCCAGAGACACAGUUUUCUUUGGCCCCAUCACCAGACACCUUAAAAGAAGGCCAGGCCCAGCGCCAGAAAAUCAGCAGGUGCCAAGUGUGUGUGAAGUAUAGCUAGAGAAGGCAAAAUUCACGUGCAUCUACCAAGAGAAACUCCCAGGGAGUGAAGACUUCUAGGCUCUGCUACGAGAUUCCAUGGUGCUCUUUCCAAACCCUGAUCUCUAUAGGGUUCUUCUCAGAGCCCUCCAGCUCCCCGCUCUGUGCCUGACAGACUCAACAAAUGCUGUACAGGACGCACGUGGAAUUUGUUUGACCUCAGCAAUCUAGAUGAACCCCACAUAUUAUUAAAUGGAAAAAUAGGCUUUCUAGGGUAAUACGCUAAUGCUCAGGAAGACAAGGAGAUGAUAAUGACUGGAUUAUAAAUGACAUUGGUUAAUUGCAUCUCACACGAUUGAAGUCAAUUACUCUGUAAUACCGUGGGCCUUCUGGAGAGAUUUUACAGGAAAAAUUACAUGGGGCAACAAAUGAAAACGAGGUACUAGAGCUUUUCAACAUUCCAAAGUCAUUUCCUCAUUAAUCUGGUUCUUUUUUCCCCAUGCACUUUAAAUAAUUAUAAACAUGACCCAAAGAUAUUAAAAGAGAAGGAGACUAUAGAAGCAGCCCAUACAGCCAGUGGUAAGAAUUCAUUUCAAAGCGAAAUGAAUCAUUACGCCAGGAGAGGCCGCAAGCCACCUUCUUCCAGAGCUCUGACAUUAGCAUAAACACUUCACACAUGAAUAUAAAACAUUAGGUUCUCUUGUGCAUUUUUUUUUCAGAGACUAGAAAUGCCUACUUUGGCAAUCCUUUUGAAAAGUAGCAAUUAUGGAAAAAAGAUAUUCAAUAAGGGAUCAGGGAGUCUAAAAGCUAUUAAUGAAUAUUAAAGUGGUGAUUCACAAAAAUUGACUCCCUAUUGCAGGGAACUUCCAAACAGACUGGCUUUCCCCCCAGUCGGGGUCCAGCAAGUCCUCAGUGCUAAUGGGACUGGAGCCGCAUGGGGCUUCUGCAGGGUAAGAGCAUGUCACUUCCCUCCCCAGGAAAACCUGUGGGGCUCACAAUGGACACUUUGCCUCAGCAUGCAUAAUGGCUGCUCCCAGGAGACAUGGCAGGGCUUUCAUUAGGCCCUUGGGAGAAAAUGGAGGCCGACUUAAUUAAACUUAGGUUAGAAGAUUCAUUUAAGUCGGGGUCAGCCCAUCAGAAAGGCAUGGUGGGGACUAUCAAAGAAACAAAGAUGAUACACAAUUUGCAUUUGAUGUUCCUGGGAUUCGUCUUUAUAGCAACACCCUAUCUGGCCAAUUUUAAAAACAUUUAUUUACUUCAUAUUAGUAUAGCAUUGACUCAGUGGUUUGACAUUUGGCAUUUAUAGUUUCUAUAUAAGUUUGGAAGCGAUGGCAAUUUAAAAUGAGGAUGUUUUGUGAAUAGUAAAAGACCUGUUUUCUGUUUUUCCAGGAAUUCAGUGUUCUAAUCCUACAAAUCAAAAUUUUCCUAGAACAGAUUUUAUUUUAUUUGUUUUUGGUGGGAGGAACUUAUCUUCCUUAGUUAAACACAGUAUCAUUUUAGAAAAAAAAAGUUAAGAAAGUUCUCUGGAGAAUAGCAGCAUUUUAGUAGCUGGCUUUAGUGCACUGAAAAACAAUUCAGAGAAAAAAAACAUUAAAAUUUUGUUUACAAGACAUGUUUUCCUUGCCAUACUUUGAUUACUAGUGAGCUCUUCCAUGCAGAAUCCUUUUCCAAUGAUUUGUGCCAUACGCUAACCAUAGGGUGAAAAUUUUAAGAGAAGUUUCUGGUAAAAAAAAAAAAAAAAAAGGAAGCAUGUCUAUUUUAACAUGAAAUGUUUUCUUAAUGUAGCAGAAUAUCUCCUAGUUCACUUGACCCAUUUGACUUUCUUUAAGACCAUGCUAUAUAUGUUAAAUACCUUGGAGUACCCAAAAUUCAAGCCAGUUUCCACCUUCUACCUUAUUUGACGUUACCCUUCUCUCUCCAGAUCUAUCACAAGUUUUUGAAAGUUGAUCGUGAACUUAGACUGAGAAUGUUUUCAGGGAAGAAAAGAGAGGCAAUGAAUGGGAAUAUCAGAAAUAUGUCUUGCUUGCCAAAUUACCUUUGGUGUUAGAAUAUUAUCUUAACAAAUAGGAUGCUGGUGGCUCACAUCUGUAAUCCUAGCUACUCGGGAUGCUGAGAUCUGGGGUGUCAAGAUUUAAAGUCAGCCAAGGCAGAACUGUCCACCAGAUUCCCUCUCUAAAAUAACACACAAAAAGCUGGGCUAGUAGUUGGUCUAGGUAGUACAGUGCUGGCCAUGGAAGCAGAUCCAGCAAGCUCAAGGCCUUGAGUUCAACCCCAGUAAAGGCAAAUUCCUGCUGCUGCUGCUGCUGCUGCUACUAUCUUAACAAGCUUUAUAAUGAAGUUAAAGAACAGGCUAAAGGACAGUUCACUCCAGCCCCCUCCCACAGUGCCUACGCCGUGACUUGUUGGAAUGCUCCAAAAAUCACCUCCCCUGGACAGCUGUCAGUCUCGUCCCCAGAGAACCGGGCAUCUUCCUUCAUCAGCCUCAGUGAGUGAAGCCCACCCAGACAGGCAGGCAUUCAUGCCGCGUGUGGCCAGCCCCUUCCAACUCCCCAGACUGAAGCCCAAGCCCACACUUCUCAUGGUAUGGACCUCCUCCAGCCUCCUCCACCUCCCUCAGCUUUUCCACCUAUCCUCUGACAGCCUCUCUGACAGACAUCUCCUGAUUUGCCCUAUCCGAACUGGCUUUUGUUAUCUUUUGGCUUAAAAACCCAUCUCGGACUGCCCUGCUGGUAAAAUCCAAAUGACUUCGCCCGGUGAAAGGUCCAGCAUGAACUGUCUAUGAGAAUAUCUGUCACAAACUGUCAGCCAUUCUGCAAACAUUCACGGCACCUCCAGGCCUCCAUCUUGAGGAGCCUUGACUUGGUAACCGACUCCUACCUACUUUUAUACAUUGAUGAAUGCUGAGUGCCACCUGCCUCCCCCACCAGUCUAAUAUCAAAGCCCCAGGGACCAUGCCAUAUUGGUGCCUUGUCUCCCACGUGAACCCCAAGGGGAGGGGCAGGCUACACUAGCCUCUGUAUGCCUGCUAUUAACACAGGCCCGCACAUUUUAACACUUAGUGCUUUUAUUCAGUGGCGAUUCCAUAAGCCUCAUUAGGCACUCAGUGCUCAUGGGUAAAAUGGUGACAAGUGUAAUUCAUUUCUGGAUGCAGAAUGCUAGAAUAGUCAACCUAUAAUCAAGUUAUCGAUGAGCUAUUGGAACAUUGAAGCCCACAAUCUCCUAUAACACGUAGUGAGAGGAAACUGAUUCGUGACUCUGGAUCUUUGCUUCCCUGCUCCAAAAAUCCUCUUACUUUUCUGUAAAGGAACAUUUCAGAAAUGAUGAGAUGUGAGAUUUGGCUGAGAAGACGUGCCUUACUGAAAGGAGACGUGUUAACUCAUACUGUAAUCUGUGUUCCCUUGUGAGUUAAGAGCUGAUUCAUUCAAAAGUGCCUCUGUAAAAUUUGUAUGUAUGUUGCUGGUGCUUUGUAAGAGUCAGUGGAAUGGUGUAUGAAAAGCAGACUUUAUCAUAGAUUUUUAUUUUAUUUUGAGCUCUAUACAGACUAUAAGGAAAAUUGGGUUGGCGUUUCUAUUGCUUCACUGGAAUCAUUUUGGUAAUUGUUACUUUUCCUCAGUAUUGCUGCAAACAUAAAAGAAAGAUGAGGACUUCCGAGUUGCUUGAACUCAGAUUUGAAUCCAGCUUUGUUUCUUUCCAGCUGUGUGCUGCUGGAAACUUCCACCAAUACCCUGAACCUCAUUUCUCUCAUUCAGAAGGUGGAAUAUAACACCUACUCGUGUUGAAAAUUAAAGUUAGAUUCUCUUUCUAGCAUAUAGCGGUCAUCCUGCAUUGAUUGUGGUCAUAUCUUCCAUUUGAAAUAAACUACUGACUAUAAAAAUAAUUCUUGGGAUUAUUUUUUUUGCAUAGUAGAAUAAAAGGAUUCCCAAUGGGCAUAUAAAUUACUAGUUAGUAUUCUUUAUACCUGGCCAAUUCUUAAUGUCAUUGAGAAUGCUGUUUUAUUUCAAUUCUCGAAGUUAUUGUACCACAAAAAAAAAAAAAAAGCACGAUUUCCUGCAGGGCCAAUAUGAGGAAGUUCUGCAGAGAACAAACAAUUGACAUUAAAAAUCAGCACUCUGCAAUUGUCACUGUUAUUAUCUGUUGGAAACUCUGCAUAAUGCAUUUUAAACCCCUAAGGAUGCCUGACACGUUCAUGUGAAAUGCUUGAAUUUUAUGGUGCUUAAAUAUUUAGUGAUUCAUGGGGAAAAUGUGAAAUGCGUCCAAUAAAUUGCACCUCUUUUUCUAACCUAUGGUUGUAAAGUUAGGGCUUUUGAACAUGUACCUUUUAUAAGAGGACUGGUCUUUCAUUGACAUUUAAAUCUUUCCUGUAUCACCACUUAUAAUAUGGUUCAUUGUCUAUAAAGUUGUGAUGAGUUCAAAACCAA